UGUCCCAUCAUUGGUGUCAGUGGGAGGAAUAGUGUCCCAUCAUUGGUGUCAGUGGGAGGAAAAGUGCCCCAUCAUUGGUGUCAGUGGGAGGAACAGUGUCCCAUCAUUGGUGUCAGUGGGAGGAACAGUGCCCCAUCAUUGGUGUCAGUGGGAGGAAUAGUGCCCCAUCAUUGGUGUCAGUGGGAGGAACAGUGCCCCAUCGUAGGUGUCAGUGGGAGGAACAGUGUCCCAUCAUUGGUGUCAGUGGGAGGAACAGUGUCCCAUCAUUGGUGUCAGUGGGAGGAACAGUGCCCCAUCAUUGGUGUCAGUGGGAGGAACAGUGCCCCAUCAUUGGUGUCAGUGGGAGGAACAGUGCCCCAUCAUUGGUGUCAGUGGGAGGAACAGUGCCCCAUCAUUGGUGUCAGUGGGAGGAACAGUGCCCCAUCAUUUGUGUCAGUGGGAGGAACAGUGCCCCAUCAUUGGUGUCAGUGGGAGGAACAGUGCCCCAUCAUUGGUGUCAGUGGGAGGAACAGUGCCCCAUCAUUGGUGUCAGUGGGAGGAAUA